UACUCUUCGGUAGUCAGUCGUCCGACAGACGCCGCGUUGUGAGCAUUACGUGUCUUUUACGUUAUCUCGAAUUUAACUUUUACCCUUUCGAGACAGUAACAGAGACGCGACAAUAGCACGUCUUGACUAUAUACCUUCCGACUAAUAUAUCGUAUUAUUAUCUUUCUUCCUUUCUACCAUCGUUGAAUACGUUUUAUCCGAAAGUUCUCUUUGUUUUUUUUUUAAUUUCGCGUGACGAAUAUAAGAGGAUAGAAGAUAAAGUUAAUUUCAAAUAAAUAUAACAAAAGAUCAUUAACAAGAAGGAUCGAUCAAACGAUCUUCGUAUACGCAAGCAUCAUAGGGUCGUUGCACUUGGGCUCGUUCUUGUUGAAUUUCCUCUCUUUCUCUAACACACAUACAUAUAUACACGCGCGCUUUAUAAAGAAAAGAAGUAGUUGGUACCGUUAGUUAAGUCAAUCUUCACUUCAGUUCUUUCAAGAAAAAGAAAGAUUUAUAUCUAAGGAUACAAAUAUUUAGAAGUGGUAAUCUCAUUUAUUUUGUUGUUGACAUUUUCUCCCAUUGGUGAGGAGUAUUAAAGAUUAAAAUUAAUAAGAAGAUUAAUUUCGAUUUCGAAGAAUUCGAGAGGAAGAAAAAGGUGGGAAUCGUUGGAUUUAGAAUCGAUAUCGUAAAGAUGCGUACCGUGAGCGAAGUUAUGAAAAAUCGUGCGAUCAGCUGACUAACCGAACUCUUUGGUGUUACGAGCUACGCCAGAAGGAACGACGGACGCGAACCAUCGUCUAUUACGAAGAAUUCUUCUUCUUCUUCUCAACAACGGCGGAGUUUAUCGAGCUGUUCCGUCAUGACGUUCGGCACGCCGUUCCACAACGAGAAAUCUCGUUUUGCUACCAUCGAUGCUACCAAUAGACCCAGUGCCAUGGCGGCUGAGGAUGGAAUGCUAAGUGGUGGCUUUGGUUCGAAAUUGAAGUGUCCAACCCCAAUUUCACGUUUGAGAGUGGAAAAAAUCGAGGGUGGUCUAAUGGUGGCUGGAGUUGUAAUAGCGGCGAACUGCCAGAUUGCUCUUCCGGCAUUUGGAUUUCUUUUCAUGCUCGUCGGCGCUGUGCUUACUGCCGCCUCGUAUCGUGGCCCAGGUGAAGACGAGGAUAAGGACUCGUAUGCUGCUCGCAUAGCCUUCACCGGAAACUCUCGUAUCCUUGGGCCGAUAUGCAUCAUCGUUGGUGCACUUAUGCUUGCUCUAGGUGUACUACUUUGCAUGUUGACGAGACGUGCGAGAAAAAGAGAACGCAGAGUGGGCUUCCACUGUCCUUUACAUGGGGAUUUCUACCCUCUCAGUCCUGUUCAGAGUGUUAAGAUGCUUGGAAUUUCAGGAAAGAGUGCCAGCGGAUGGCCAAGGAUACCCUGUUUGAAAAGUCGUACGAUGAGUAAAACUGGUGCAAAUGGUACCCACGUUGGUCCACCACAAUGUCCACAUUCUGUGUUAAGCAGUACAAGAAGUUCGGUGAGCAGUUCGCCAUUAAGUCCAUGUCCGACGCCGAUGCCAUUCCUCGUAACUUCCGGUUCAGUCAGCAGUGGCAUGGUGCAAAGUGUUGGGGCCAAUUUGUCGCCGGACCAAACAUUCGGAUCGAUUCGGUCGCUUUCAGUGACAAGAGAAGUCGCAAGUUUUCCGUUAUCGCGAACACCUACGCCACCCCCGCAACACAGGCCAUCGAUGCUGGCUAAUAACGAGGAACUUGUUGGCGUUGGUAGUCCAUUGAGAGAGGCCUCACCGAGACCGGAAGUGCGUGUGGUCGCACCAGCCCAUCGACCUCCGUCCGGGCUUGCUGUUGUUCAGUCAAUGACAACGACAAACAACAUUGUCGCACCAAAUAUGAUGACGACUUUAACGACAGCGACGACGACUACGACAACAAUGACUACUUCGACGUCGUCGUCAUCGUCAACGACGACAACAACAACGGCAACAGGAACAGCAACUACCAAUCGUAAAUCGGUGAGCAUACUACUUCCGGAACACACAAGUGGAUGACCCCAACAACAUGGCUUUGUGCAUCGCUGCGACGACGAUCCCCUACCGAUUUAAGAUACUUACAGGGGAAAGGGUUUUAAAAAAAGGAGGAGGAGGAGGAGGAGGAGGAGGAGUAGGAGUAGGAGGUAGUGGUGGAGGGGGGAGAUGAAAGACGAGUCACAAAGAGAGAAGAGAGAAUAACGAACCCGAACUUAUCUCCCUCUUCCUUUCUCUCUCUCUCUCUCUCUCUUUCUCCUUCUGUCUCUCUUUCUCUUCUCCGGACUUUUUUCUUUUAACUCCUACGUACCACUCGUCCUCCUACGUUAGAACAUUAUCGAGAAACCCGUCGUAGCUAUAUACGCUCGUGUUCCCUAUUUAAAAAAAAAAAAAAAAAGAAAUAAAGAGAGAGAUAAAGAUUAAGAGAAGAAGAGAAAGAGAAAGAGAGAGAGAGAGAGAGAGAGAGAGAGAGAAAGAGAUCAUUCCGAGCUCUAAUGCUGAACUACAAAAGUUUCGAAAAAAAUAGAGAGAAACAAGAUUGAAGAUGAAAAUAUGUGAAAACUAAGAUAGAUAAAUAGAGGGAGAGAGAGAAAGAGAGAGAGAGAGUGAAAGGAAGAGAAAAAAAAAUAGAUCAAUUCAAUGAAAGAGAGACAAAGAUAGAGAGAACGAAGCCAUCGUGCUCUCAACCGUGUUUUAUUUCGACGGCUCCGUUGUCUCGUUCCUGGAUCUCUGCCAUGACGUAGACAGAGGCGAGCAAAGUUCCGGACGAUACAAACGUUUAUUCCUAAUAUUAUAGGGAUUUUAAAAUAACAAUAUGGAGGAAGAAGAUAGACACCAAUACGAAUGGGAUGAUUGAAUCGAUCAAUGGUAGAGAAUUAUCCUUUAUAUUUUGGUUUCUUUUUCUUCUUGUUUUGUGAGAUGAAUACUUUAAACGCGUUCGCCAUUAUUAUUUUAUUUUGUAUUUCACAUCAGUCAAAUCGAUUUCUAUUGGUUGAUAAUCAUGUCGAUUAUUUUCAAACAAUGGCGUUCGCGAUGCAGGACGGACAAAUUUUUGGUAAAAAAAGAAAAAAAAAACAGUAGUUUGAUAAUCACUGGGAGCCAUUUUCCUUUGUUGUUCUUAUCGACGGGGGUUCAACGAUCAUGUCGAAUAUUUCGAAACGAUGGUGCUCAAUGCAUGGCAUUUAAAAAAAAAAUGUUAAAUUAUAUUUAUAUUUUAAUAUUGGAUUGAGAGAGAGAGAGAGAGAGAGAGAGGUGGAUUUAUCGCAAAUUCAUAGAGGAAAAACAAUUAUUGAUGGUGUUUUAAUGUAAUUAAUUAAUAUCAUUAGAUUUUUCUCUCUGAUAGGAAAUAUUAAUUGAUCGUAUAAAUGUGAUUAAAAUGAGACAAAAUUAAUACAAAUAUUUAAGAUACACAAAAUAAUUAUAGAAAAGAAAGAAAAGGGAAAACGAGUGAAAGAGAGACACGAUACGAUAUAGAGUUGGUAUUAAAAAAUAAGAAGAAAAAAUAAAACUACGAAAUAUAUUCCUUGACAAUCCGCCUAUCGCAAAUUUUAGCCUAUGUGAAACCCGAAUUUUGCUGAUUUAUAUACUCUCUAUUCGACAUGAGUUUAAUGUAUAGAUAAUUAUAAAUAUAUUAUAAAUAUACGUACACAGGGUGUUUAUCCAAAACAUACAUAUGAUAAAUUCGGGUUAGUGUUCUAAUCAUUUUUUAGGUUACGAAAAGUAGAAUUAAACAAACAAAGCCUUCACAAAAAGUUACUUAUUUGAUAGCUUAUAAUAUAUUAAUGUACAGGAAAGACUUCGAAAAGUUCCUAGAUGGAUAAAAAUAAAUAUAAAAUGUCGUAGAUAAUUUUAAAAAUCAAUUGCUAUUCUUUCUCGAGACUAUUUAAGAUCAUUUUUUUCAUAUUUCAAAACUAACAAGCCUAAUAACGAAUCCUAAAUAGUCUCGAGAAAAAGAAAUAAUGAUUGGUUUUUAAAAUUCCCCUAGAAACGUUUGUUCUUGUCGCGCCUAGAAACUUUUCAGGAGUUCCCCUGUGGAAUUUUUUUCUUUGCAAUUAACCAAAAAAAAAAGAUACCAAGAGACACGGACACGAUUUACACGGUUUUAGAAGAUUUUUUAAUACGCGCGAUUGAUUGAUUUUUUUUUUUUUUAUAUAUAUACAUAUAUAUAUAUAUACAUUAAACAUCCCGAAUUUAUUACGAAAUAUUUAGAACUUGUUAUAAAAAGCAUCUCCUCCAUUUUUUACUUCGAAAUAGUUCCCCGAAAGAAUGGAAAAGAAAGAAAUGUGACUGACAAUUGUCGAGGAAUGAAAAAAUAAGAUUAAAAAGAAAGGAAGAAAGGAAAGAGAAGAAGAAAAAUGCAAAAUGAUUUCUUGCGUGUUUGACAUUCCACAGUAAAAAUUUCAUAUAAGUACGACAAUCAGUCAUACGAGAAUUUUAAACCUACCUUAGAUGGGAAAAGAGAAAAAUAGGGAGAGAGAGAGAGAGAGAGAGAAAGAGAAAAAGAGAAAAAGAGAAAAGAAAUAAAAACAGAACUACCCAAUCUUCUAGAACACAUAGAACAAAAAUGAGAACAAAAGAGAGAAAGAAAUAGAAACAAAAUAAGGGAGAGAAAGAGAUAGACAAAGAGAGAAGAAACACGUAAAACUUAACCAAAGAAUAAUAGCAAGAAUUACGUUUCUUUCUUCGACGAAAAAAUUCGAAUAAAUAGUGUCUCGACAAAUUAUUUGUUAUUGUUAGUAUUAUAAUAACAUUAUUAUUAUCAUCAUUAAAACAAGCAAGCUUCUUUAUCGACAAAAAAAUUACGAUCUUUUUUUUUCCCGGUUAUUUCAAACUGACAAAGGAAAAAGAAAAAAAUGACAAAAUCAAAUCGAAUAAAAUGAAAUAAAAAAAUGAAUAUAACAUUUUAAUAAAAAUUGAUAAACGUAUAGGGGACACGUUAAGAAUCAUAUACGAGCAUGAAUAAAAAUAUGAUAAAUGUGAUAAAGACGCGAAUAGGGUGAUUGAUUUAGGGAAAGAAAAGAAAAAAACUUAAUUUACUUAAUAUUUAAGCGUCUCUAGAUGUUCGAUAACAAAGAGAGAGAGAAAGAGAGAAAGGGAAGUAAAAUAAUGAUCGAAUAAAUAUACACACGCAUACGCAUACAAACACAUUCAUGCAUACAUACAUUUACACAUGAGUACACACAAAAUUUGUUCUUCUCUUUGAAUAAAAAUUUAAAAAAUAUAUAUUAAGAAAAAAAAAACACACACACACAAUGAACAUCGUUAAUAUGCCUGUGGCAUGACGGUAUAUUACCGACAAAGAUCUCGAUGGAAUUGACGAUAAGAAAGGAAGAAGAUAGAGAAAAAGAGAGAAAGAAAAAUAGAGAUAGAAAUAGAGAUAGAAUUGCAUUUGUUAAGACAACUUUUUUUUUUUUUAAUGAUCAUUAUACCGAAGGUGCUCUACGAAACGGUGCUUGAUCGAAUAAUUAAAACAGCAAUCAUUGUGUGGGGGUAAAAUGAUAGAACAGAAAGAGACAGAGAGAGAGAGAGAGAGAGAGAGAGAGAGAGAGAGA